AUGUCUCGUCGUAAACAACUUCAUCCAAAAUCAUUAAAAGAAGGUGAAGAAAUAUUAUUUGAUCUACCCAAUGAACUUGAAUAUGACGAAGGGUCAAAUCAUAUAAUUGCUCGAAUGAAUCUUAAACAAGAUCAUUGUUUUGGUCCAUUUCCUGCCAUCUUACAAAUUGAAGAUGGAAUAGAAUGUUUUCAGUUACUUGAUAUUAAACAUAACUGGCUUGUUCAUUGUUCAAUAUUGAAUAAUUCUUCAAUAAACUUAAAUCUUAUUUUUGAAAAUAAUCAACUACUUAUAACUACUAAAGAAUCUAUAUCAAUUGGUACAAAUCUUUGUUUGAAUAAAAUUAUUCUUCCAAAAUUAAAUAUGAAUAAAGAUACUCAAAUAAAAAACGAACCAAAAGAAAUUGAAAUGAAAAUUGAAUCACCAACUAAUAAACAUUAUCCUCUUAUUUUUAUAUGUAAUACAUGCGGAGUUCGAUUUAGUAAUCGAAAUACAUUACAUGCACAUCGUCGACAUUAUUGUACGAAACGCGAAACAACAAAAAGUCACUCAACAGAUUCAACUAUUGAGGUUGGAAUAAAAAGCAUAAAACGUAAAUCUACUGAUAUAAUUGAUUCGUCGUCAACGUCUACAAAACGCUUAUCUUUAUUAUCAAAUGAUACUUAUUGUCAUGAAUGUAACAUUUUAUUUUCUAAGACAGAUAAUUUUAUUCAACAUAAAUUAUAUUAUUGUAAAACAAAAUCAUCUUCUUGUAAAUUAAAGAAUAAAUCAAUACCAUUUAAUCGUCCAGUUCAAAUUGAACAAUUUAUUUAUGUUCCUAUACCUGUUAUUUCUUCACAAAUUGAUACUUCACAUCAUGAUAGUAAACCAUUAGAUUUAAGUAAACCGAAAAAAAUCAAUGAUGAAUAUGAAAGAUCAAUUAUUUCAACAAAUUUACCAUUAGAUUUAUCGACUGAAAAAACGAAAAAAAUUAUUCAACAACAAUUUUAUCGAUGUGAAUAUUGUUCUAUAUGUUUUCGUUCAUUAAAAACUUUACAUGCACAUCAAGAUAACUAUUGUAUUGAAUAUCGAAAACAAAACAAAAAAGAUCAUAAUAAUCUAUCAACAGAUAUUAUUGAAAAUAAUCGAUCUCCAUCACCUCCAGUAUUUUCAUCGAACACAUCAAAAUCUCCUUCAAAUGAUUCAUUAAAUCCAAUAAAUCGUUCAUUUCUAUUUAUGUGUCGUUUAUGCAAAUAUCAAGGAAAUACUCUUCGUGGAAUACGUAUGCAUUUUAAAUUUCAUUUAUCAAAUAAUGAAUCUUGUACCGAUGAUGAUAUUAUUGUAAAAUCAACAAUAAAUUCUUUAACUGUUCCAAUACGAACAAGUCAAUUAUUAUUAAAAUGUACAAUAUGUUCAGCAAUGUUUGAUUAUGAAGAAAUACUAUUAAAUCAUAUUAUUAAUGUACAUACAAAUAAAACAUUAUGUGAAUGUUUAGAAUGUCAAUCAAGAUUUAGUUCGAGAUGGAAUUUAACUCGACAUAUGAAAUUAGUACAUACAAAUAUAAAAAAGGGUGAUGAUGAUGAUGAUGAACAAAAUGAUCAACAAAUAAAAUCAAAUGAACGUUUAUUAGAUGAAGAUGAUCAAUCAUCAAAUUCUAUGAAUCUCAUUCAAAAGAUUCUUAGGAAAUCAAUAGAUACAAAUUUAAUUCAUAAAAAUUUAUCUUGUCCUUUUUGUUGUAUUAAAUUUAGUAGGAUUGAUACAUUACAACAACAUAUGAUGAAUUAUUGUGCAUCACGACCAUCAACUAAUGAAGUACUAAAAUAUAUUAAAAAAACAAAAACAAGUGAUACGUAUUGUUCAUCAUGUCAAAUUUUAUUUCAACAUAAAACUUCUUAUGAUGCACAUAAAAUGUAUUAUUGUCCUGAUAGUAGUAAAGCUCAUAUUAAAAUAUCUGUUUGA